ACCAUCUUCAGCCAUAAACAAUAUAGAGCUGUUCUGAAGAAAGAGAAAAGAAAGAAAAGGAGACAAGCACUAGCCAGAUUGAGAGAUUCCGAAAUCACAGAAAAAGAUGAAACAGUGCCUGAUGAGGAAGAACUAGAAGAAGAGGAAAAAAAGCUUGAUGCUGAAAGGCAAAAACUACACGAGGAGUGGUUGUUGAGAGAAGAAAAGGCUCAAGAAGAGUUUAAGAUCAAGAAGGAAAAGGAAGAGGCAGCAAGAAGACGUCAAGAAGAGGAGGAGAGAAAGAUCAGAGAAGAAUGGGAAGAACAGCAGAGGAAAGAGAGAGAAGAGAAGGAGCAGAAACAACAGGAGAAAAGAGAGAGAGAGGAAGCUGUGCAGAAGAUGCUGGAUCAAGCUGAAAGUCAGUUGGAAAAUGGUGCUACGUGGCAUAAUCCAGAACCCCCAGAGAACAUAGGAACAGAGAAAGAUAGAGCUAAUUGUCCCUUCUAUAUUAAAACAGGAGCCUGCAGAUUUGGAGACAGGUGUUCCCGCAAACAUAACUACCCAACAUCUAGUCAGACACUUCUCAUUAGAGGUAUGUUUAUUACCUUUGGGAUGGAGCAGUGUAGAAGAGAUGACUACGAUACAGAUGCAAGUCUUGAGUACAGUGAGGAGGAAACCUACCAGCAGUUCUUGGAGUUCUAUGAAGAUGUACUCCCUGAGUUUAAGAGUGUUGGAAAGGUUAUUCAGUUCAAGGUCAGUUGCAACUUUGAGCCUCACUUGAGGGGAAAUGUGUAUGUUCAGUACCAGUCAGAGAGAGACUGUCAGGAGGCCCUUACUUCAUUCAAUGGACGCUGGUAUGCAGGACGACAGCUUCAAUGUGAAUUCUGUCCAGUGACAAGGUGGAAAACUGCUAUCUGUGGGUUAUUUGAACGGCAAAAGUGUCCAAGAGGGAAACACUGCAACUUUCUUCAUGUAUUCAGAAAUCCAAACAACGAGUUCUGGGAAGCCAACAGGGACAUACAUAUUUCUCCAGAACGGACUAAUCAGUUGGCUAAAAACUCUGAAAGGAGAAGCAGAACUAGCCAUCGUGAGGACUAUUACAGCAAGUCAAGGAGACGGAGCAGCCCCAGCCCGGAUUGUUCUUACAGAAGAAAUGGAGAGUCAGAGAGGAAAAAGAGUAGUCGCAAAAGCAAGAAAAGGCGCCGGUCCAGCAGAUCAAGGAGCCGGGAAAGAAGGCGGUCACGCAGUAGAGGGAAGAAAAGGCGAGGCCGUAGUCGCAGCAGAAGCCAUAGCCGUGCUCGCAGUAACAGUAGAAGCCGAAGUUCCUCUCGGUCCAGAAGUAGGGGCAAAAAGAGAUCGGACAGCAGAGGAAAAAAUAAUGAAACUCCCAAAACAAAGUAAAACCAGUAAGAAUUCACGCUUCUUCAUGCUUUCCUUGAAAAAAGAACAAUCAAAUGGAUUCUUCAGCUAGAAGAACAACUUCAGCUGACAUUAGAAUCGAGUAUGCUGCACUGAGUAGUUCCUAAUAUUUUUUCAUUAUUUUAAAAUGAUGAUGAAUAUUAAGUUUGUAUUCUCCAAGGGGAAAACCCUUAUCCACCUUCAAUCAUCAUGCGAUUUUGCUUUGAUUCAUCAAUGGAACGGCAGUCUUCCAUAAACUGAACUUCCAUGUGGCUGAAGUUUCUUUAAAGUGUUUGUGAAGCUUUCAUAACUUGUUAAUAUUGCUUUCAGCAAGCUUUUCAAAAGUAGGAAACAGUCAAUCCUUCUGGAUCAUGGUGCAUGCAUGAGAGGUCACCAGAACUGUUGACAUGUAUGCCUAGGCACAAGUAUGGAGGAGUGAAGCUUGCCUGUACCUUCCAUCCCCCAUUUAGGCUAUUGAAACAUUAUCCAGAGGCCAGUUUGAGUCGAGACGUUCAGUGCCUCAAUCGUUGUAGUUAUAUGUGCAUCCGCGAAUUGAACCUGGGGUCUCCUGGGUGGCAGACAAGGAUUUUACCACUGAACCACAACAAUGGGUUAAGAUUUUCAAAUGCUGUACAAAAACUAGUCCUUGACAGAAUAUAGUACACAUUUUUAAUAAAUGUAUUGGGUAUGGCAGCUGA